AUUAUUUAAAGACUACAUAUAUUGUUUACUUGUGCAUUGAAAUCGAAUCUUGUAAAACUCAGUUAAUAUGGGCGGAGGUGAUUUGAACUUAAAAAAAUCAUGGCAUCCACACACGAUGAAAAAUCAGGAGCGUGUUUGGAAAGCGGAGCAGGCCAAACAGGACGAGCAACGCAAGCUAGAUGACUUGCGCAAAGAAAUUAAUGAGGAACGCGACCGUGAGGAGCUUCGACGCCUGGGCGAGAGCUCUGGGGUCUUGGCCAGCUCAGGCGGCAACGAGGCCAAGCUGGAAUGGAUGUACAAGAACAACAGUGAACUGAUUAAUCGAGAAGAAUACCUCUUAGGCCGCAAGAUAGACAAAUCUUUUGAAACUCUGCAGGCAGAAGAGCAACGUCAACAGCAGAACGUCAUGGGAAUCAAGCAAUCAAUCAAUCAUGUGGAGCACGAGUGUGUGCCCUUCUCUAUACGCGAGUAUCGCAAUCUGCAGUCCACAGAACAAGUGGACAUGCAACGAAAAACCAUGGAAGAUCCACUAAUGCUAAUUAAGCAGCGUGAAAUGGAAUCGCGACGCAAACUGUUGGAGAAUCCAGUCAAAUUAAAAGAAAUACAUCGUAUAUUGAAGACCGAGCAGGAGCUAAAAGCGUCCAAACGCAAAAAGAAGUCAAAAAAGUCGAAGAAAUCCAAGAAAAAGAACAAGAAGAAGGCCUCUAACGAUGAUGGAAGUAGCAGGGAGUCCGCCAGCGAUGACGAUUUGGACAGAAAAUUAGCAAACCAGGUUAAGAAACUAAAAGGCGAUAGCAAUGGUGACUUAAAACUGGACAAAUUAUUAGAUGCUAAGUACAGAACAAUAUCAAAGCAGUUGGAUAUGGCCACCAAGCAUAAGAGUAGCAAGAAAUCUCGACAUCGUCGCGACAGCAGUUCAAGUAGCAGUAGUAGUAGUACAAGUAGCUCUAAGAGUAGCAGUAGCAAUCAAAGCAAUGACGCACACUCUAGGCGCAUAGACAGCCGCAGAUCACAAAACAGCAGACGCGACAGAAGAAGCAUAAGCCACACACGUACCUCAAGCAGAAGAAGCAGGAGUCACAGUCCGCGUAGGGAGCAUCAUCAAAAGAUGCAACGUCAACGAAGCAGAAGCCGCAACCGUGAAAGAUAUUCUCAGAGACAGACGCCCAGAAGUCGCAAUAGCCCAACACCUAAUAAAAGAUCGACGAAUCAUCGAAGAAGUCGUUCCAAUAGUCCCGCAGCAAGGCACGAUCGGCACUCACAACAGAUGCGCUCAAAUCGCCAGCGGCGAGACGUUUCUACUCCGGCUGCCGGUAAACAAAAACUUAGUGAAGCAGAGCGCGAAGCUCGUUUGCGGGAAAUGAUGGACAAUGCUUCUUGGCGCGAAGCGGAUCGUACACAGGCCGUGCAAAAACAUCGCGAAGCAUACGCACGUGAAGAGGCGCAAUAUCGGGCCAGCGAUUUUGAUAAGGAGUUCAUCAACAAAGAGGUUAAAAAGGCCAUUGCUAAUCAAACCUCUAUAGGCAAUCGCAUACGCUCCAACCUUAACAAUAUCCAGCGUACCUCUUCGGCCAUGGAUACAAAUUUUGCUAGAAAAUAAUACAAACCUAGAUGAAAAUAACUGACAUUAUAGCGUAAGUUAUCAACGAUUUAUAUACUUACUGUAUACUUAUUAUUACCCAAUUCAAUUCAAAAUGAGAAAUCCAAACAAAGAUUCAAAAUCCCCCCCUAGUCCAACUAUUAAAUGAGUUGGAAAGGUCAAGAAUUUUGAAACUGAACAGCAGUCAGUGAAAUAUUUAGAUAGAAAUGGCAGCUUAUACUUUACCGAGGUGCAAACAACAUUUACAAAAAUAUCCUAUGGUGUAAUUUUAAAAGCUUCGAGUAUAUCAUAUCUGAAAAACAAAAAUCUUGCAGAAAAUACAAUACAUAUGUACCUAUAACGCAUGGUCCACCAUUCCACCUUUCAUUGAAGGUCAUACAAAUAGUGAAAUAACAGCUUAGGCACUGAUUUU